CGUGGGGACUGCCCCAUGGGGAAGCCCCAGCCCCCCACUCCCAGCCCGUCCCCCAGCUGCAACUGUGCGGCUGUUCACUACCCCCACGGCGCACCCCAGAGAUGGGCGCAUCUCAGCGCCGGGUGAGGGGUCCCUGGGUAACCAGCUGCCCCGCCCCAGAGGUGGCUGCAUCUCAGCGCCGGGUGAGGGGUCCCUGGGUAACCAGCCACCUCGCCCCAGAGGUGGGCGCAUCUCAGCGCCGGGUGAGGGGUCCCUGGGUAACCAGCCGCCCCGCCCCAGAGGUGGCUGCAUCUCAGCGCCGGGUGAGGGGUCCCUGGGUAACCAGCCGCCCCGCCCCAGAGGUGGCUGCAUCUCUGCAGUGCUCCAGGCUGCCCCCUUCCCCCAUCACCUCGGCUGCCCCAUGGCAGGACAUGCCCCACAUCCCCUGCGCCCGGCCUGCGCUGCCGGCCAGCGUCUUUCCCUGCAUGCUGCAAGGACCGGUGGCUGCUAACAGGCAGCACGGCCCACGCACGGAUGCGCACUCCCAGCACAGACGCCCUCGCACGGACACACUCGUGGAAGCGCUGACACGGACGCUCGCUCAGGGGCAGGUGUGCGGCCAUACGGGCACGUGCCCAGUGACCGAUGUGGUGCCCGUGCCGCCCGCUGCCUGGUUGCUGCCAAGGACACGUUUACAGGGACCCCGUACAGCCCCGUGCGCGCUGCCGCCCCUUCGCACGAGCGCACGCCCUCGUGAACUCUCUCGCUCCCUCGCACGCACACACAAAACACCUCUGUCUCUGUCGCGCCCGGAGACCCCCGGGCACGGCUCGGGACACGCUCUAGUGACCCAGCUGCCCGUGCACACGUCGGUUGUGCGGUCGCACGCCAGGCACCAACGCGACGCACAAUCCGGGCUCCCUCAGCUGAUCCUUUCCCUGUCGCCCUCCUGCCUCCCCAGCAGCCGCCUGGCACGGAGCCGGGCAGCUGGAGCGGCGUGGGGGGGGGCGUGGGGGGGCGGGAGGUUCCUCUGCGUAAUCAGAAUGGGGAGAACAAAUGAAUCACGCUCCCACGCCCCCCCCCGCCCCCAGCGACCGCAGGCCCCCCCCCGCCCUCUCAAGCCACCAUGA